GACUGUAGUUGGUUUAGCCUUUUAAAUGUAUUUCAUUAUCACUGUAGCUACCCACCAGAAGCAGACAAGAAGUCAGCAGUGUCAUUGAAAAUAAUGGCUAAUAUUUAUGGUGCCUCCAAAUCUGGGCAACAUCACCAAUCUCCACAGUUAAGGAUUGUGUUGAUAGGUGGAAGAGAAUUACGUGGUAAGCCCAGUAAUAAGAGUGCAACUGGCAACAUCAUACUGGGUAAAAAUGUUUUUGACACCAGCAGAAGAACUGCCCAGAGUGCUGUGGGGCAGCAGGAGGUACAUGGCAGACAAGUCACUGUGGUAGAUUCUCCAGGCUGGUGGUGGCACUACCCACUAGAAAACACCCCUAAGCUGGAUCAGAUAGAAAUCAUGAAUAGCGUCUAUCUGUGUAGCCCGGGGCCUCAUGCCUUUCUUCUGGUCAUUCCUGUUGGUUUACCAUUUCCUCGGAUCUUCAAACUAUCACUGCAAGAGCACCUGGAACUUUUCCAAAAAAGAGUGUUUAAUCGCACCAUUGUGCUGUUUACUGUACAUACUCCUUGUAGUGAUAUCACCUUAAAAGAUAAAAUCAGUAAGUACCCAGCACUGAAGUUCAUUGUUGAACAAUGUGGGAACCGAAAACAUGUUCUCAACAUCAGUGACGUUCAUGACAGUGCUCAGGUCAUAGAGCUUUUCAAGAAAAUAGAGGCAAUGGUUGCAGAAAAUGGUGGUGGUCACUGUUCUAUUGACAGUGCUCCUGGGAAAGCUCUGAGAGAGAAAAUGCAAGUAAUAGCUGAAAGAGCAUCAAAGAGAGCUGGCUUUGUGCAGGCACAAAGAAGGAAACUCCAAACAGUGAUUGAAGGUGGAAACCCCCCCCCAACACAUUUAAGAGUAGUGAUGGUUGGUGCACAGUGGUCAGCCAAGAGCUCAACAGGCAACACCAUUCUGGGGAAAUAUGCAUUUGCUGUUCAUCCCAGAGGAACAACAACAAAGUGCUGUGAAAUAAGCCACAGCAUGGUCGCAGAGAGGAGGCUCACAAUGGUAGAUUCUCCUGGCUGGUUCUACAACCACACCCUUCAGGACACCUGUGAGAUGGAUAAACUUGAAAUAGAGAACAGCAUGUAUCUGUGCCCUCCGGGACCCCACGCAGUCCUGCUCGUGGUCGGCCUAGCAUCCGCUUUCAAUGAAGCAUACCAGAGAGCAGUUCAGGAGCACAUGAGCUUGUUCACCGAUGAUAUCUGGAAUCACACAAUUGUUGUGUUCACUAGAGGUGAAUGGCUGGGACAGAGGACUGUGGAAGAGCGUAUAGAGAGUGAGAAUGGCCUGCAGUGGCUCAUGGAGAAGUGUGGGAACAGGUAUCAUGUCCUGAACAACAUGAACCACACCAAUAAGACCCAGGUAACAGAGCUCCUAAAGAAGAUUGAAGAGAUGUGGGCAGGAAACAAAGAUCCUCACUAUGAAGUAGACGUGGGCCAUGCACAGCAGAUGGAACCAAGAAAAGAGGCUGGAGAAAAGAUGGCUAAAAGGAUUAGACAGUUGACUGAAAGACAAACAAGAGUACUAAGAGAGCUCUUUAAAGGAGAGAGACAGCAAAUCACUGACCUGAGAGUUGUACUUAUUGGCAAAAAGGAGUCGGGGAAGAGUAUGGCAGGAAACAGAAUCCUUAUGAAUGAGAUAUUCAACACAACUUUGAUGAAGAAGGAAUUCAAAGAGACGAGAGGAACCAUGGUGUGUGUAAAACACAAAAGAAAUGUUUCUGGAGUAAACAUCACAGUUGUUGAGACACCGGGCUGGCCUACAGGCCCAGUGACACCCAGCUGGGUCAAAAGCGAAGUUCUGCACAGUGUCUCCAUGUGUGCUCCCGGCCCUCAUAUUUUUCUCUUGGUUAUUCCCAUUUCCAAAGCAUUUACAGAGAAUGAUCGCAAAGCAGUGGUCGAGCUCUUGAUGCCAUUUGGUGAGAACGUCUGGAGACACUGCAUGGUGCUGUUCACCUGGGGUGACUGGCUCAGCAACAGGCCCAUUGAGGAGCACAUUGCCAUAGAAGGCAAAGCCCUCCAGUGGCUUGUGGAGAAGUGUGGGAACCGAUAUCAUGUUAUCAGCCUCUAUGAUGGUAUUUCAAUCAUGGGGCUGUUCCAGAAAAUGACUGACAUGACAACAAGGAACAAGGGCCACUGCUUCACCACUGAAGACAAACAGGGGAAAAAGCUGAAACUUCCCUGGCAAGCUAAACAGCUUGUGCUGACAGAACAGGAGUGGAACAGGAGGGAGCAGGAGCUCAUAGAGCGGAUGUUGAAAGCUCUUGCACAAGAACCUGAGGAACCAACACUGCCAAUUGUGAAGACGACAGCUAGCUUCGAUGGAGCCUACAUUCCAAGCAUGAGUGCAGAUGCUCCCUCAGAAUUUGGGAGCACUUUAUGGAGUCAAAGAGACUAUGCCUUCGUGUCUCAGUGGCUGAACACUAGAGCUGGGAGCUCCGAUGUCACCUCUGGGUUUGGGAGCAUGAGUGCCUCGGCCAGUUAUGUGGAGAAGCUGGAUGAAAGCUCUCUGACCUAUGAACAUCAGCAACCAAUGAGUUGGUUAUUCCCAGACACUGUAAAAAUCCAACGCAGGCAUUCUUUUUAAAAACAACAGAUGCAACACACAAGCAGUGUGGAAACUCAGGGGACUGUAGUAACAUUGUAUCCAAAUACUGUUAUAUGAUAUUAUAAUAUUUAAAAUUUUAUAUGAUAUCAUACAGGAUUAUAAGAUUAGAUACAUCUGUUGAAUGUUACAUAAGCUUGUCAACACAGAUGUUUUAGCUGUUUAUUGUAUGUACAUGUCAUAAAAUGUUCUGAUUUAUUUGACAGGCUUGAAAAGUAUAUUAAAAAUACUGGUAGUAGUUAUUCCAAGUUUUCAUAUCAAUGUUAACAUGUAAUAUCUGUAAAGAAUAAUUCAAUUGCACAUAGGAUAUGGAAAAUUAUGAUGUUAGUGUAAUCUAAGAUUAGCACCUUAAUAAUAACCUUUAUUUAAAUAAAAAAAUUGAAUUCAGGACUUAUAAAUUAUAUGUAUUAUAUUUAUAAAUUAUAACAGAGUAUUUCUAUGGUGUAUCACUGCCGAUUUUACUAAAGUAAAAGAUCUGAAUACUU